AUGGCGCAAGUCGAGACUCCAGCGCUCCAGCGCCGCAACAGUUUCUACUUCGCCGAGAAAGCCGUCGCCCGCGCAAGAGCCUCUUCCCCCUCCAACACCAAAACCCACCACGCCCUGUGGCCCAGCUACACCGGCGUCGGCACAACUCUAACCUUCGACCUUGCAACCCAGGCUUACAAAGCCAAGGUCCUGUCCGAGAACACCAUUCUCGCGUUCUACCCCGCGCCGGGCGACCGCAACCUGACACCCCAGCAGACCGAAGCGCGCCGCCACGUCGUCGCCCUCUACCAGCGUCUAAGCGUUGUAGCGGACAGUGAUGGUGAUCCCAAGUCCCAGGACCUCCGCCCCUUCUUCAAGGCCCUCGACCAGUUCUUUUUCGGGGGGAGCCUGACGCGUGGUGUCGUUCCCCGCGCGCUGCUGAGCGUCUGCUAUGUCGAGGGGUCCCCGCACUCACGCACGCAGAGCCUGAGCAGCGAGAGGCUACUGGGCAUGUCCCGGUACAUGCGCGCGUCGACGCGGCCGAACGUAUGGAUCUUCAUUGCAGGUAAGCCGUUCGGGAAUCCUGACGUCAAUACAAAAAACUACCGUUUAAACACGUUGCUCGGGGUCCUGCUACACGAGAUGGUCCACGCGUACAUGGACUGUUUCAUCUGCACUUGUGGAGACUGCUCGCGGGACUUCCUUAAUAUCUGUGGCGUCAAGGGCCACGGGAGGGUGUUCCAGCAGCUUUUCGAUUGCGUCCUGAGCACGAUUGGGACGUGGCAUCCGGACUUGGAUAUAGACCGCAUGAACGAGGGCGUGAGGGCGGGUGGUAGGGAUGAGGUUGUCUUGCUUCAGGGCACGGAAGAUGAGGCGUACAAGGAUUGGGUGGAGGCUGGAGGUCACGUAGACGCGCUUCGCCCGCGCACGAAGGCGGCUGUGUAUCGGCGCGGAGACCGGGUAUAUCAGUCUGAGAUCCGCGUGGGCGGGACUUGGGUCGAUCCCGAGCGGCUCGAUAUCACGGGCGAUGCUGUGCAGCGGCUUUCAAACCGCCAUGCUGCAAGGCAAGCCGAAACAGGUCCGUUAGGUUUAGGGAAAAUACGAUCUCUUCCAGGGGUGAGACGCCUAAAACGAAGUGUAAGUUAUCAGGGCUACGCAUUGAAGAACGAGCUGGCCAAGGUCGGCUACGAGGUGGUGUCCUGUCCCCGACGUGGCUUGCGGACGCUGUCGUAUAAGAUGGAUAUUUGCCAGAUUAGAUUUAACACGCGAAGCGUGUGUUUGUGA